AUGAGAUCGAUCAUACUAUUGUUUCUAUUCUUGACUAUUGUUUACACUCUAGCUGAAGACUUUACAACUUAUAUCAUACGAUUCAGUAGCUCUAUUAGCGAAGACCAAGCCAAAAUCGUAAAAUCGACCGUUAUGAGCGCAGGUGGAAAGGUAAUGGGUGACUAUGACUCUGAAUUCCUUAUUGCUUCUUUACCCUUUCCGGAUGCUGUAAUCAUUCAGUCCUUAAAGAAUAUCAGCUAUGUGGGCUCUGUAGACAAAGAGAAUUAA